CCAGUCUUUUGCUUACUCUGGAUCAUAAGCAGAUCCUAGGGACACCAGGGCUUGGUGACUUGCACCCAAUCCAGUCCCAUGGCAUAGGUAGAGGAUGCUGUGGCUCCUGUGUCUUGCACUCGGGGGUCUGCUGAUCGUCGCAACGGCUGACCCUGGGGCCCAGCUGCGCUUGGGCAUGGACAUCAUGAACCGCGAGGUGCGGCGGGCCAUGGAUGAGAGCCAGAUUCUAGAGAAGAUGGCAGCAGAAGCGAGCAAUAAUGGACCCGGGAUGAAAGCCAUCAAGGGCAUCAAAGAUGUGAAGGUGUCAGAUGUGCUGGAUCCAGUCAUCACCUUGAACUUCAUCCCUGGGGCAGGGAUCUCCCAGUGUGUUUCUACAGGCAUGACCAUCAAUGGCAAGAGCUUCAUGGGUGGGAACAUGGAGAUCAUCAUUGUCAUGAACAUCACAGCUACUGACCGAAUCCUGCAGGAUGAGGAGACAGGCCUCCCGACAUUCAAGAGCGAAGCCUGUGAGAUCAUACUGGUCAACGUGAAGACCAACCUGCCCAGCAACAUGCUGCCCAAUGUGGUGAACAAGUUCCUGGAUAGUGCCCUGCACAAAAUCCUCCCUGGCAUGCUGUGUCCAGCUAUUGAUGCUGUCCUGGUGUAUGUGAACAAGAAAUGGGCCAACCUUCUGGAUCCCAUGCCUGUGGGCUCGAUGGGCACCGUGAAAUAUGUCCUGACAUCCGUCCCGAAUCCCACAGCCAACUACAUACAAAUUGACUUCAGUCCUGAGGUGCAGCAGCAAGAAGGCAACACCAUUGCACUGGCUGAGGCCGAUGUAGCCCCCCAGUUCCCUGAGGGCUAUGCUGAGGGCUCCUCACAGUUGCUGCUCUCGGCCACCUUUCUGACGGCAGAGCUGACCCUGUUGCAGAAGUCCUUCGAUGUGAAAAUCAAGGAGAAGAAGAUUGGGAAUUUGCCUCCACAAACCACUAAGACCCUGGCUAAAUUCAUCCCUAAAAUGCCUAAAGCCUAUCGCAAACCAAAGCCCCUGGUAACAGAGAUCAAGAUUAAUAAGCCCCCCAAGGUCACCAUAAAGUCAGGCAAGAGCCUGCUUCACCUGCAUGGGACCCUGGAAAUGUUUGCUGCUCGGCGCCGUGGCAAACCUCCUGUGUCCCUCUUCCUCCUGGAUGUGCACUUCAAUUUGAAAAUUCAGUUCUCACUGAGUAAGAACCGAUUGAAGAUGGCCACUUCUAUGAACAGUCUACUGAGCCUGUCCCGGGUAUCCUCAUCUGUUGGCGAUUUCAACGAGGAGAAAUUGACUGACUUCUUCACUGACUAUCUCGGAGCUGCCUAUGUCCCUCUGGUUGAUGAUUUGCUCCAGGUCGGGCUCCCUCUUCCAAACUUCCUGGACAUGAAUUACAGCCAGGCAAAGCUGGACAUAGUAGAGAAUGCUCUGGUGCUGGACUUGAAGUUGAAUUGA